CUUUGUCAACCUGCGUUUGUCGGUCAAUCUUUAUAUUCCCACAAAGGAAAAAGAAGAAGAAGAAGAAGAAGCGAGAAGAGCACAAAUAAAAACCCCAGUGUCGUUCCUCUUCUAAGCACAAGAAGAAGAAAGAAGAGGGUAUUUUUUUCUGCAGCAACAACAAGCGAAUGCGCUUUCUCCUUUCUCCUUUGAACAACAACAAGAACCACUCUCUCUUGUCGCCACAUAUUUAACGACAAUUACUAAAACUGUUUUUCCGUGAUGGAGCUGGCUUUGAGUUUAGGAGACACGUCCAAGUCCUUUACAUUUCUCGACAAGGCGGUGACUUUACCCCCCAACAAGGACCCACCUGGGUUCUGCUUGGCGCCGAGUUUCGCCGAGAAAAGAAGCGAUUCUGAGAGAGGAACCGCUUCUGGUUCUUCAGAUCCACCGGUUCAGCUCGACCUUCUUCCUUUCUCUCCGGUUCUCAGACCCCAACAACAUCCUCCCUCUCACCUUCGGAUCCCUUGGCUCACCCAAGCAUGUGGUGGAGCGGCGAGGGUUCUGGACGUGAACCUAUUUCCCGCGGCCACCGCGGAGGAUGGCGACGACGGCACGUCGCUGUCGUCGUCGCCGAACAGCGCGGUGUCACCGUUUCAGAUGGAUUUCUGCACCAGGAACGGUAAUGCGGCGGAGUUCGGAAGCAGAAACAAGAGAGAGCAGCAAGAGGCUGAGGGUAGAGCGAGUGAUGACGAUGAAAAUGGCUCCACGAGGAAGAAACUUAGACUCUCCAAAGAACAAUCAGCUUUUCUCGAAGAAAGUUUCAAAGAACACACCACUCUCAAUCCCAAGCAAAAACUUGCUUUGGCUAAACAGUUGAAUCUCCGUCCUCGUCAAGUGGAGGUUUGGUUUCAGAACAGAAGGGCCAGGACAAAGUUGAAGCAAACAGAAGUGGAUUGUGAGUAUUUGAAGAGAUGCUGUGAGACCCUAACAGAAGAGAAUAGGAGGUUGCAAAAGGAACUUCAAGAACUCAGAGCCCUAAAAUCUUCUCAACCUUUCUACAUGCAGCUUCCAGCCACCACUCUCACCAUGUGCCCCUCUUGUGAAAGGGUAGCCACAAAUUCCACCACAACCAACCAAACUUCUAUAGUUAACAACAAUGCUUCUUCUCAAAUCCCAGUGGAAUUGUCUCUAAGCAAGCCCAGAAUAUUGCCCUUCCCUAAUGGCCAGGUCCAAGCCCAAGCCCAUCAAAUAGCCUCUUCAUGAUUUGGCAUCAGAAGACAUUUUUUUUGGCGGGUUUUUUAAUUACAUAUCAUAUAUAUAACAUGAUAUUAUGAUAUAUCAUAGAGGAUAAAGACAAAGGAUUCAGUUUCCCCUAUUUAUAUAUCGUUUGUAUAUAAUUUAGGCUUUUCUUUUAUCUUUCAUUCAAUCUGUUUUGUUUUCUUACUUUGGGUUGAAAGAAUUAUCAUGAAUGAUCCUUUUUGUCGAUCGGUUAGAAUGCACCAAACUUCUUGGUGGUGAAAUUGUGAAAUGAAAGGCUUUUUCAGUCUUUUUUUUUUU